AUGCUCACCUCUACAAAUAACCCGGCCAUCACCGCCUACCGAGUAUACCACCUCGGUCAAACCAAACUAGACAGAGAAUGCCGUCGUCAAACCCCCGACCUUCACAGAAUAGUAGCUCAUGCUUCCAUCGUUGACAGCGUGCGACGCUGGUCUCGUGACAUUGCCGAACCAUCCGAGACUGUGCUAGUCGAAUCCAGCUCCGACGAGGAAGAUUCCGAUCCAUUUGAAGACUGCUACGAAGACAGCAACGAGUAUCCCGCCCAGGACGGAGAUGUAGCCAUCUUUGACUGUGACAUUGAAGACGAAGAUGCACAUAUCAUCGACGCCGCAACACAACAGGACCUGAAACACUAUGGUGUCAACACGCACGUGGUCGAGAAGACGUCCAAAUCAAACGCUCCAGCCAGCCCUAACAGGAGACCCCCUCCACCGCCAUCGACGAAACACAACUCCAGAGAUCAUAGUUGGAGACAAAGCCGUCCCAUCAUGAUCAGAGAGACGCCCGUCGAAGUGGACGAAGACGAAGACGAUUGA